AUGUCCCGUGGAAACACUGCAGACGUGGAACUGCACAAGGUCAUCACGACCUUCAACGCACAGCAAGAUGUCCUUGUCGCUAUUGUAAAGGACCGCACCGACAUCAAGGGCAACGUCGGCGAACUGUACAUCCAGCAGUUUGACCCCAACGGCGCAUGGGUGCAGAUUGCAUACCACCCUCCACCAAACGAGAAGCGCGUCGAGCACAAGAUCCCCAUCGACCCCCCUCUUCAAUCCCCCUUCGAGGCUCAACUGAGGUUGACGAAGUGGAAGAUUGAGGCUUACAACAAGUUUAAGGUUCCCCUUAUCCCUCGAGUCUACUACUUCAAGCUGCCCAACAUCUUCCCCUUCGUGGCUCCUGCAGUCAUCAUGCUCGGCGCCCUGUUCUUUACUCUGUGGGGCACUGGCAGCCAUGCAGAUUGGCUCCGCGAGUGGGUGGCCACGAACAUCGGCUCCAAGUUUACUCUUUGGGCUGCAUACUUUGCUGCUGCCAUGCACCAGCACUUGGUCCUUGAGCCCGCAUACAUGCUCUACUUGACAGGCAAGUACGGCACCCCGCUUGUUCCGCGUCUCAAGUGGGUCCUCUGCAACAUGGUUGUCGGCUUUGGUGCCCUUGACGCUUUCUUCGAGUGUAUCAUGUACGAGCGUAUCCGCACGGUAUACCGCCAGACGGAUGUGGGAGACAUUGGAUCCAACGUCAAGGGCGUCGAGAACCCCUUCAUUGAGGCCAAGAAGCUGGCAUCGAAGAAGAAGGAGUAG